GCUCUGCAUUUCCAGGUGAAGCCCUGGGAAUACAGAAGCAGCCCUGGGAGCCGACCAUGUGCCUGCAUCGACUUCCUGCCUGGCUCAUCCUCGUGGCCUAUGGGCUCCUGAUGCUCCUCAUCCAGGGCCAGGGCCAGGACUCAGUCAGCCCCAUCCGGACCACCCACACCGGGCAGGUGCGGGGCAGCCUUGUCCACGUGAAGGGCACCAAUGCGGAGGUCCACACCUUCCUGGGAAUUCCCUUUGCCAAGCCACCUGUAGGACCACUGCGCUUUUCAGCCCCUGAGCCCCCUGAACCUUGGAGUGGUGUGAGGGAUGGGACCUCCCACCCAGCCAUGUGUCUGCAAAAUGCAGAUGCAUUGAAUCUAGAGGCUCUGAACCUAGGGAGUAAAAUCUUGCCUCCCAUCCCCAUGUCAGAGGACUGCCUGUACCUCAGCAUCUACGCGCCUGCACAUGCCCAUGAGGGCUCUAACCUGCCUGUGAUGGUCUGGAUCCAUGGUGGUGCCUUGGUUAUGGGCUCAGGUUCCAUGCUUGAUGGUUCUAUUUUGGCAGCCACUGAAAAUGUACUGGUGGUCAAUAUCCAGUACCGCCUGGGAGUUCUGGGCUUCUUCAGCACUGGAGACCAGCAUGCCACUGGCAACUGGGGCUUCUUGGACCAAGUGGCCGCCCUACGCUGGGUCCAGCAGAAUAUCGCCCACUUUGGAGGCAACCCAGAUCGGGUCAUCAUUUUUGGCCAGUCUGCAGGUGGCAGUAGUGUGUCCUCACAUGUGGUGUCUCCAAUGUCCCAAGGACUCUUCCAUGGUGCCAUCAUGGAGAGUGGGGUGGCCCUGCUGCCUGGCCUCAUCAGCAGCUCAUCUAAGGAUGUAUCCACAAUGGUGGCCAACCUGUCUGCCUGUGGGCAAGUAGAGUCAGAGGCCCUGGUGAGCUGCCUGCGGGGCAAGAGUGAACAGGAAAUGCUGGCUAUUACCAAGGUUUUCAGUAUCAUUCCUGCUGUGGUGGAUGGGGCCUUCCUACCCAGGCACCCCAAGGAAAUUCUGGCCUCUGCUGAUUUUCAACCUGUUCCGAGCAUCAUUGGUGUCAACAAUGAUGAGUAUGGCUGGGUCCUUCCCUUGAUCUUGGGCCCCCCUGAAAUCCAGAAAGACAUAGACAGAGAGACUGCACGAGCUGUUCUGCAGAGAAUAUCAGCACAGAUGACCAAGUUCUCUGCCAAAUGUGCUGACCUGUUGAUGGAGGAGUACAUGGGAGACAACGAGGACCCCCACACCCUCCGAAUCCAGUUCCAGGAGAUGAUGGCAGACUUCAUGUUUGUGAUGCCUGCACUCCAAGUAGCACUUGAUCAGAGUUCCCAUGCUCCUGUCUACUUCUAUGAGUUCCAGCAUCAGCCCACCUUCAUUAAGUACAUAAGGCCUCCACAUGUGAAGUCUGACCAUGGUGAUGAGUUAGUCUUUGUCUUUGGAUCCUUCAUUAAUGGCAUCAGAGUUUGGCUCACUGAGAAGGAGAAGCUGCUGAACAGGAGGAUGAUGAAGUACUGGGCCAACUUUGCUCGAAAUGGGAACCCCAACGGAGAGGGCCUACCACACUGGCCACUGUUGGACAAGGACCAGGAGUACCUGCAGCUGGACAUCCAGCCUGCUGUGGGCCAGGCCCUGAAGGCACACAGACUGCAGUUCUGGACCAAGACCCUGCCUCAGAAGAUCCAGGAGCUAAAGGAGGCUGAGGACAAGCACACAGAACACUAGCUUCCUUGUCAGGAACAGAGGGGUGUGCUAGGUGUGAUGGGGUCUUCCUGUGGUGCCCAAACAUGCCCUCCCAAGAACCAUGGUUGACCCACUCAUCCACAUAGCUAUCCGUCCAUACACUCCACCAUGGAUCCUCUCUUGUUUGACACACUCAGUAAUUCCCAAUGCAUGCCCACCU